GGGCGGAGUCAGUAAAAGGCGGAAAGAACUUUCCUACGGAACCCCCUUAAGUGGAUUCGUUUUUCCGGGUAGAUUAGCGGCGUCGAACCGUACCAGUUUCCGUUUCCGCUUUGAUUUCUUGACAUUGCGAAGAAGGCUCGCUGAAUACGAGGAUUAUGGGCCAUGGUAAUGGUGAGCUUCCUGAUUACAGGCAAUGGAAAAUAGAAGGCACCCCCUUGCAAAAUGUCCAGGAAAGGUUGGCUAAACUUGGUCUCAAGGAUCCAUGGCUUCGCAAUGAAGCAUGGAGAUUCUCAGGUGGCUUUGCAAAACCAGCCACUUUCCUGGAUGCAAUGACCAAAGGAUUCAAAUGGGGGUUUGCCGCCUUUGUCGUGGCACUUGCAGUUGAAUAUACCUUUUUCCCUCCAGAAAAGAAUAAGGGACAUCACUGAAGAUUUGUUUGUGUCUUCUAACUUGGAGUCCGUUGUAUAGUCUGACUUCUCAUGGAAUGGAGCACAUUAAAGCUCCUCAAAGAAGAAUGUAUGUGCAGUCUCUCUUUCCACUACAAUUAUGAAAAAAAAUGUAGAUAUAUAUCAAAACAGUCCAUUAUUACUAAACAAAAUGGAAGGGCUGCCAUUUGCUUAUUUUUGUCCAAAUAUCUUUCUGUUCUGUUAGGACAGCUAGGAGAACACCUAUAAGCCUAAGUUAAACAUGAUUUCCAAGCACUAUGCCUCUCAUCCCUUUUUCCAAAUGGACAUGGUAACUAUUAUUAAGAUUUGCAUUUGUGUCAUAUCUUUUUUUUCUCCGCAUAUUUAGAGUGAAAUAUAUGGAUGUGGCUAAAUCCAUCUUCUUUCAGUUUUAUCCCAUAAAUACCACUAUAAAGUAAGUUAGAUUGAGAGAGGGCCUUUUAAUCCAAACCAGAAGUAUGAUUUAAAUGCCGACAUGCUAAUUCACAAAUCCAGCACAAUAAAAAUCUACUUGUAGCUAAGCAACCUCUAUAGAUAUGGGCCAGGUAGCUGGAAUACAGUCAGGAUGGAUCCAAUUGAUUGGUUUGAAAAGAAUGAAAAUUCUCACAGUGAGCCUCUCAGGGUUAGGUUUUAGCUCCCUCCCUCCAGCAUCUUGACUGCAAAGGAUGAAUCCCUGCUUUGCAUCAAAGUUCAAGUGGGCAUUGCCGUAUCAUAACAUCCUUCCAAACCUACAUGUGUUCCAGUUGACAUCCAUCAUCACUCUCUGUCUCUUGGAAACCAACAGCCUGAUUUGGCAUUGAAGGAGUAAAGAGAAUGUUUAGGAGCAACAGAGCCAACUGCUGUCUUCAUAUUCAACAAUUUAGUUGGACAUGGACAAAUUUACCAACCAAUGAUGUGAGAUAAUUGCCUGUUAAGAACCAUGGUCACCUUCAGAAACAAUUCUGUCAACACCAUCAAUGCCAUAGGUUAUCAAAUAGGCUUAGGUUUUUGGUAAGUCCAAAAUAAUAUACUAAUACCUCUUUUAAAUAAUAGGCAACAGUUAUGGAAUUCAAGGUAAUCAAACACUGCCUUGAUAUUCAGUAGUUACAUGUAAUGUUCCCAGUGGCAGAGAUAAAACAGUUCAAAGUACAGGGGAAGCAAUGGAUUGAAUGAUAUAACUAUGGAAAGAGCAGAAAAAGAGAACUAAAAAAAUCAAAUUCAAAUCUGCCAUAGCAAAGGACAAGCGUUCGGUCUUACUACUACAGAGGAAUUGCAAUUAAGAAGAAAUGUAACGUGCAUAUUCUCAGAUAUGUUGGAUGGAGCACUUAAACAACUUGUAAGAUUCAGCUUAUUUUUGAAAAAUAAAAUAAUGUGGCUCAGA